AUGGCCGCCACGCCGGAGGAGUUCCCGGGGCAGGGGGACCCCGAGCCUGAACCGUUCUCCCCCUCCGUCUUCUUCGACCUUCCCCCGACGCCAAGCGAAGAGGACCCGGCGGCCUCCACGGACGACCUCGCGCUAUCCUUCAUCUCGCGCAUCCUCAUGGAGGAAGACAUCGACGAAAAGUUCUUGUACCACUACCCCGACCACCCAGCGCUCCUCCAAACCCAGCAGCCAUUUGCUCAGAUCCUCUCCGGCCCAAGCGCCGCCUCCGAUUCUUUCGCCACCAACAACGAUGGAAGCGCCGCCUGCACCCUUCCGCCAUCCUCCGACGUCCCUGCGUUCGCCAACAACGCCACCUGGCCCUACGAUCCGGCCGAGUUCUCCCAGCUGCUCCUGUCCACGCCAUGCCCAGACAUGGGAGCGGGAAUCGACGGCUUCACCGCUGAUGAUCCCAACCAAUUCUUGUUGCCCCAACAAGACACCGCCAGCGCGAGAUUCCAUCAGAGUGUGGACGAGGCCAACGCGUUCCGGAAUUGCGGCGGCGCCGGCAUCCAGUGUUCGGAGUUGUUGGCUGGCCCCGAGGAGACGACUACAUCGACCACCUCCUCUCCUACCGGAGACAGGGAACACGGCGCGCUGGCUUCGACCUUCUUCAGUGGCCAGAACAGGGUAAACAUGGACAUGCUCAACCAGGCGUUCCUCAGGGGCAUGGAGGAGGCCAAAAAAUUCUUGCCCAUUGACAGCAGCCUUCUCGUCGAGGCUCGAGGCUGCAAGCUACCACAAGUCUUUGUCCCAGGCCAUGCGAUGAAUGAAGACAGGGUGGACAGAAUGUUAACAUUCCAAGGAAUCAGUAAUGGCCGGGGCCGCAAGAACCGGUGUAACUGGCAGGAUUUGGAGAAUGCAGAGAUGAGCAGGAACAGCAAGUUGAUGGUGCUGGAGCUGGAGGAAACAGAUGAGAUAAUUGAUGAAAUAAUUCUCAAUGAGUAUCGCUUGUGCCUCAAUGGAAUGCUGGGUCUGGACAUCACUAUGGAUAGCGUGGAUGGGAAAUUCGUGAGGAAGGGCAAUUGGAAGUCUGCACUGCGAAGGCAGAGCUUGAAUGAGGAGUGGACUUCCACACAUUGCUUAUUCACUGUGCACAGGCCAUUUCGAUGGACGAUCGUUGGAGUGCGGCCAUGCUACUUAAGCAGAUCAAGCAGCAUUCCUCACCGAGGGGAGAUGCCAGUCAAAGUGGCCAAGCUUCCUUGGCAUUUUGUCUACUUGGGAAGGGGACCACCAGAGGUGAGGAUCACCGGCAUUGACCUUCCCCUGCCUGGUUUCCGCCCGGCUGCUCAUAUUGAAGAGAUCGGACGCCGGCUCAGCAAAUGUGCCCGACAGUUUGGCAUACCAUUCAAGUUCCAAAGCAUUGCGGCAAAGUGGGAGAUGGUUUCUGUUGAUGACCUGCACAUUGACCCUGACGAGGCACUCAUCAUCAAUGGUCUAUUUGAUUUUGGGAACUUGAUGGAUGAGGGUGUUGACAUAUAUAGCCCAAGCCCUAGGGAUAUGGUCCUCGGAACGAAGAUUCAGACACGGUUUGCAGCCGUCCAGUACCUGCAUCAUGACAACGACCGACGCUUGCUGAUUGAAUGGGGCCUCUUUGGAAGGUUUGCCUUGAAUGUCAUUGCCUGUGAGGGUUCCGAUAGGGUUGAGCGCCACGAGACAUACAAGCAAUGGCAAGUGCGGAACCACCGGGCAGGGCUGAGACAGCUGCCUUUGGAUCCAGAUAUUGUUAAGGUUGUGAGGAAUAAGGUCAAGGAAAGCUACCACAAGGACUUUGUCAUUGAUGUGGAUCACCAGUGGCUCCUGGAAGGGUGGAAGGGGCGCAUAAUAUGUGCCAUGUCGACGUGGGUUACAGAUGAUGCUUUCUCGGAACAUUAG